AUGUUUCCAAUAACUGCACAAACACCAGAAUAUUUGGUGGUUGUAGUCCUAGAAGGCACUUAUCGUCUUGAAGAACAUUUCGAAACUAUACGAGAGGCAUACUUAGAUCCUAUCUUAAAUUAUUUGAAAUCACCUAUAAUCGUUGAAAAAGAAGAUGCAGAAAAGAAAGAUCGAAUGGCUCCAUUAUUAAAUCUUGGAUUAGUUAUUUUUGGGGGAUAUGGGCGAUGUUCCCGUAGAGUUACAACAUCACAUUAUUUCAAAUCAAGACUAAAUGAGUUUGAAGAACUUAUUAAAGCAAUUGAUUUUGAAGGUGGUAAAGUCUAUGAAAACCCAGUUGCUGAAGGAUUAGUUGCUGCUCUUGAGAUGUUUGAUGUGUAUGAAAGAAACAACAAAAGGUCCAAUAUACAAAAAAAACACUGUAUAUUGAUAUCAAAUAGUCUUCCAUGUAUUGAUCCUGUUCAUCACAAUUUGCAUGACAAGUAUGAUAUGUUUACCAUGGAUAAUAUAAUAGAUGAAAUGAAAAAAAAAAAUAUCCGUCUUUCUUUUAUAACGCCUCAAAGUUGUUACAAUGAAUUAGAAAAUGUUGUAGUAAAGGAUGUAGUUGCACCUUCACAUGUAGUCAAAUUAGCAGGAUUUAAAGUAAGCUUUACAAAACAAAAAGAAGCCAAUAUAGGAGUAAAAAGAAAACCAGAUGAAUUGAGUGCUGAAAAAAAUAAUGACAAUGCUAAUAGCAAUGAAAAUAUUGACCCUGCUACUCACAUGGAUAUUGAUGCCACCAAUGCUAAUAAUAAUAUCAAUGAUUAUACAACUGGUGAAAAAGCAAAUCAAGAAAACAACAGCCCAUUGCCUCAUGGUGCCAAGAGACUUAGACUUGGUUCUAAUGAUAAUGACAAUGACAAUAACAAUGCUAUCAAUGGUAAUGGAAAUAGUAGCAAUAACAAUCAAACAAAUGAUUUAAUUCAAUCUUCAUCAUCUACACCUUUAAUUGAUGCAAAUCAAAGCCAAAAUGAUAUGGAGAUGAAUAUAAAUACUACUCUACCCAUUCAACAAUCCAGUCCUUCAAAAUUAUCAAAUUCUCCUGUUAUCAUUCAAUUAUCUUCACCAAAUCCUCAAAGACAAAAUUCUCAAACUCUCUCUGUUGAACCAAACAAUACUGUUGUUCAAUUACAAUCCAUUCAGUCCACUAAUACUAAUAAUCUUCAACAACAAAAAACUCCUAAAUUGUCAUCUUCUCCUCAAAUACCACAGCAACAUCAAUCUCCACAAGUAGCACAACAACAUCAAUCUCCACAAAACCAACAAUUACGAAUCCAAAAAUUUCAACAAUUACAAAUACAGCAACAGAAUAGGAUGAAUAAUCCAAAUGCUCAAAAGUCUGCACAAAAUUUGAAUACUCAAUCUUCUGGUGCUGCUCAACAAACAGUUGCUCAACAAGCUGCCAUGUAUAAAAAUUUACAUAAUCAACAAAAUCUUGCCAAUUUAAUCAACAACAAAAACAUAACACCUGAAAGACCAACAAACAGUGGGAAUGGUACUAACAAUAAUGGUGGUAUGAACAGACAAGGAUUUACAAUGACCAAUGUUAACUCACAAAAUCCACAACCUGGUACUCCUAUUAUUAAUAAUAUCAACAACAAUAAUGUUAUUAGUACUACAACUGUCACUAACCCUACCGUCAUUAAUAACAACAAUAAUCUCAACCUCAUGAAUGCUGCUACUAGUGUCAACAACUCUACAACAAAUCAAAUGGCAGCACAAAUGAUGACAGCUUCAACUAAUGCAACUAUUGCUACUGCUUCGCCACGUUUACCAACUAAUGCUGCUGCUAAUGUCAAUAUUAUUAGUCACAAUGCUAUUGCUACAGGAUCAACAACCUCACCUUCCAAUUUAAAUGCCUUUUCACCUAAUCCAAAUGUUAAUAUAAAUACUCAAAAUGUUAUACCCAUGCCUCAAAAACUUAUUUCGAUAUCUAUAUGGAAUGGUAAUAUUGUGUGGAAGCAAAAUGAAUUAAACUGUCAUGUAAAUGUUAUCCCAUAUCAACUUGGAAAACACAUGCCAACUGACUUCAUGACUCAAUAUUGGCCUGAAAAAAUGGAGAUAUCAGGAGCUAUUCCAAUUAAAGAUAUAAAAGAUGCUGGAACUAGUUCGUUAGUGGUUUCACUACUUCCCACUCCAAAUCAAGAGGAUUCAAAAUUCAAAGGGAUGGUUGAUUUUUUAGAAAAAAAUAAAUAUGCACUUACAAUUCGUUUCCCUAAAGCCCCAAAUCCAAAUGGUGGUAUUGCUAUUUUUGUAGGUUUAAAGAGAAUUUUGGUGGGAAUGCUAUUUCUUAAUACUCCUUUACCUUCAAUGCAAAAUCAACAGCCACAACAAAAUGCAAGUAGUUCAUAUCAAAUCCUACAAGCAUUGCUGCAGCAACAACAGCAAUCACCUCAACCAAACUCAAAUCCUCAAAAUACACAACAGCAACCCAUGAUUAGAAUGCCACAGAAUUU